AUGGUCCUCUCACACGCCACUUCGCUCCGAGGAUUGCCGCCUGUUGCGGCUCCAGAUCUUUCGGGGCAGCGGCGAUAUUGGCACACACUGACUCAGGCCGGAGAUGCUACCUAUUCUUAUGGUGGCAGCGACACCUCGCUCAACCCCGCUCUGUCCACAGACUACGGUGGAGUGUGGGAAUUCGAUGGUACGGCGAAGUCCUGGUCGUUGAGAGACGUGAUCGGGGAGACCACCGUUACAGCACGGGGCCGCAUCCGUGUGGAUUCCAUGGUGAGGAAGUCAGCUCACUGCGCGGUUUGGACGGGAGAGUCCCUCCUUGCUUAUGGAGGAGCAGGAUACUUGUCAGUGACGACGAACAGAGGUCUGAAGACCAACCUGAUAGAGUUCCGGCCCUUGCCCAACAGGUCUUUAUUCCAGACGAUGCUUUCGAGAAAUGUGUCGCUAACUGGUGCAGACGCUUCAGGGUGGCCACCGUUGCGUUAUCUGAUGUCAUGCAUUUGGGAUUCGCACCGCCGCUCAAUGAUUGUCUUCGGGGGAACUCUCGACAGUGACCCUCUCUUCGGCGAUUGGGGCACUUCGGUUGGGACGUCGGACCGUCGUUACCAUCCGAACCAAACAGACGAACUCUGGGAAUACCACUUUGAUUCGAACACCUGGACGAACCUCACUGCAAGUGCGAAGAUGAACUCCUUGUCCUCGCCAAGUGCACGUGCGUACCACACAGCUGUUUGGGAAUCCACAACAGACACCAUGUAUGUCUAUGGAGGCGUCGAGUAUUCUCGGACAACGCAGGCGGGAGAGACCUUCAGGAAUGACGUGUGGGCCUACAUCCGCGGCGCCAACAUGUGGGAACAGCUGGUCGCAACGAUGCCAACUGCUCGGUUUGGUCACAUGGCUGCCGCCACGGGCACCUCCAUGUACGUCUAUGGUGGCGUUCUCGAAGGAUUCGUCCUGGGAGCGAAUGAUUGCCUUUGGGAAUUCUCCUAUGCGAGCAAGAGCUGGAGCCAGCUUGGCAACAGCAACUCUUGUUUUGUGCACAGCGCGUCCCUCUUUGGUUCAGCGACUUUCGAUGGCUGCCGGAAUAAGGUGCUCUUCUAUGGCUUUCAGGACAACUUCGGUCGCGGGGAUUUCUUCUUCCAGUAUGGACUUCCGGCCCCAGGCUCCUAG